AUGGACAACGCUUUCGUUCGCGCGCCCAAAGAGGUGCUAGAGCACUUUAGCGUUUCAGAAGCAGGUGGCCUGUCGGAUCUGGGUGUACAAGCUGCGGUACAGAAAUAUGGCAAAAAUGCAAUACCUGAGGAGCCACCCACGCCGCUUUGGCAGCUUAUACUGGAGCAGUUCAAGGAUCAACUAGUCAUUAUUCUGCUUGCCUCCGCAGCAAUAUCGUUCGUGCUUGCCUUAUUCGAAGAGGGAGAGGGAUGGACAGCAUUCGUGGAUCCGGCCGUCAUCUUGACGAUCCUGGUUCUUAACGCGAUCGUUGGCGUCAGUCAAGAGAGCUCAGCAGAAAAGGCUAUUGCUGCGUUACAGGAGUACAGCGCGAACAAGGCGAAGGUUGUCAGAAAUGGCCGGUUGUCGGAAGUCAAGGCGGAAGAGCUAGUACCGGGUGACAUUGUGCAUGUUGCAGUUGGUGAUCGGAUACCGGCAGAUUGCAGGCUUCUGAGCAUACACAGCAACAGCUUUCGCGUCGAUCAAUCAAUCCUGACGGGCGAGAGUGAGAGCGUGGGCAAGGAUGUGGAUGCGAUCAAGGAUCAGCAAGCGGUCAAGCAAGAUCAGAUCAACAUGCUUUUCUCCGGAACGACAGUCGUCACAGGUACGGCGCAUGCGAUCGUUGUCCUGACAGGCUCGAAUACCGCCAUCGGCGACAUUCAUGAAUCGAUCACCGCUCAAAUUUCGCAACCUACACCGCUCAAGGAGAAGCUGAACAACUUCGGCGACAUGCUUGCCAAGGUGAUUAGCGGUAUCUGCAUCCUCGUGUGGUUGAUUAACAUUCAGCAUUUCAACGACCCUUCUCACGGCAACUCGUGGACGAAAGGUGCGAUCUACUACCUGAAGAUUGCAGUUUCACUGGGUGUUGCGGCGAUUCCGGAAGGUCUGGCGGUCGUGAUCACUACAUGCUUGGCGCUGGGAACGCGCAAAAUGGCAGCUAAGAAUGCCAUCGUUCGUUCGCUGCCUUCCGUGGAAACGCUGGGAAGCUGCAGUGUGAUCUGCUCCGACAAGACUGGCACUCUUACGACGAACCAAAUGAGCGUGAAUCGCGUCGUAUACAUCAACGACAACGGCUCUGGACUGGAGGAACUGAGUGUUGAGGGCACGAGCUUUGCUCCGGAGGGCGCUGUUUCCAAGGACGGCAAAGUGAUCGAGAAUCCAGCUGCGUCCUCGAGUACAAUCGCACAGAUGACAGAGGUUGCAGCACUGUGUAAUGGCGCCACACUGUCGUAUGACAGCAACCACCGCACGUAUAACAACGUGGGCGAGCCAACGGAAGGCGCUCUUAGAGUGCUCGCAGAAAAGAUCGGGACUACUGACGCAUCCUACAAUGCCCAGCGCUCCAGUCUUACACCGAUGUCAAAGAUUCAUCACGUCAGCAAGCGCUACGAGGAGAAGGCACCGAAGCUUGCAAUCUAUGAGUUCUCUCGUGACCGCAAGAGCAUGUCCGUACUCGUUGGUAAUGGCAGCUCGAAGAGGCUCCUCGUUAAGGGUGCGCCGGAGUCAAUACUGGCUCGUUGCACGCACUGCCUUGUUGGCAGUAGCGGAAAGCGCCAACCACUGUCGAGUAAGGUUGCAUCAUUACUACACGACGAAGUGACGGAGUAUGGUAAUCGUGGGCUUCGUGUAAUGGCGCUAGCCAGCAUUGACAGUCCCGAUACUACACUUGCUAGCAAGGCGAAGACGACAACGGAGUACGAGCAGCUUGAACAAGGCAUGACGUUCCUAGGCUUGGUCGGUAUGCUGGAUCCGCCUCGUCCGGAGGUGGCAGCGAGCAUCCGCAAGUGCCGAGAGGCCGGUAUACGUGUGGUGGUCAUCACUGGCGACAAUCAGAACACAGCCGAGACAAUAUGCCGACAGAUUGGCGUGUUCGGUCAGCAGGAGGACCUGAAGGGCAAAAGCUACACCGGGCGCCAAUUCGACAGUCUUAGCGAUGACGAGAAGCUCAAGGCUGCCAAGACCGCAUCACUCUUCUCACGUACGGAACCGACGCACAAGUCGAAGCUUGUCGACCUCCUACAGUCUGCCGGCGAGGUCGUGGCAAUGACUGGAGACGGCGUGAACGAUGCGCCUGCACUGAAGAAGAGCGACAUCGGAGUCGCGAUGGGUACGGGUACCGACGUUGCCAAGCUUGCCGCGGACAUGGUGCUUGCAGACGACAACUUUGCGACCAUCGAGGUGGCGGUGGAAGAAGGACGGAGCAUUUACAACAACACUCAGCAGUUCAUUCGAUACCUGAUCUCAUCCAACAUUGGCGAGGUCGUUUCGAUCUUUUUGACGGCGGCUCUCGGCAUGCCUGAGGCGCUCAUACCAGUCCAGCUUCUGUGGGUAAACUUGGUGACGGACGGCUUACCUGCUACGGCACUCAGUUUUAACCCGCCUGAUCAUGAUGUGAUGAAGCGACCGCCGAGGAAGAGGGACGAGCCGCUUGUUGGUGGAUGGCUCUUUUUCCGCUACAUGGUUAUUGGCACGUAUGUUGGUCUGGCGACGGUCGGCGGAUAUGCGUGGUGGUUCAUGUUCUAUGAAGGUGGACCGCAAAUCACCUUCUGGCAGUUGACGCACUUCCACCGUUGCACGACCACCUUCCCAGAGAUCGGCUGCGAGAUGUUCAGCAACGACGCCUCUCGAACCGCCUCGACCAUCUCGCUUAGCAUACUGGUGGUAAUCGAAAUGCUUAACGCCAUGAACGCUCUCUCCUCGUCAGAAUCGCUUCUUACCCUACCACUCUGGAACAACAUGAUCCUCGUCUACGCCAUCAUGCUGUCGAUGAUUCUACACUUCAUCUUGCUCUACACGCCUAUCCUACAGGGUAUCUUCGGCAUUGUGCCAUUAGGUUGGGGCGAGUGGCAGUUGGUGCUGGGCUGGAGUGCACCUAUCAUCUUGAUCGAUGAAGUAUUGAAGCUUGUGGAGCGGAAUUAUUUCAUGGCGAAGGCGGAUACGAAGAGGACGAAGUUGGAAUGA